AUGUGUGUAGAACUUGCUCCAUUUGCAGAAGUUUCCUCAAACAAUGUUGCAAAGACAGUUGGAGUAGUUCAAGGUAAACCUGGUCUAAAAGUUGAAGCUGCUCUCGUUAGGAGUGGUACUGGUAUUAAGAAGAAAGGUGCAACGUUCUACAGGUUCGGAGAAAGGUUUCAUGAUGCACGAGACUAUGAUUGGGACCAACAGAGGUCUUCAUCUGAGAGGAUAUCUUUAUCUACUCCGGAGAGGAGGGAUUGUUUAAGAGCUGGUAGUGAAGAUUCAGAUCUACUACGUUUAUCCGAGCAUAGAAGGGUUAAUGGCUUGAGAUUUGUGAGUCAUGAUCAUGCCCUAGAAAGCCAUGAAGGGUGGAAUAAAGCUCCCUGGGAUAUCCUAAUCAAUGGGACUGACUUGCAUUAUGAAACAAAGAUAGAAAGAAGGCAAAAGUGGGGCCAGCUGUCACCGGGAAAGACACAAACCUCUUCCUACCAGGGGAGACUUUGCGACAGGAUUGGUAGGGAACUGACGGUCAGUGGACAGAGUGACUGUGUGACGUAUGAUGUUGUAGUAGUGUACGUAGGAAAAAGGGACUUUCACGAUCCAUUUAUGGAGGACGGAAGCGGCGGGGGAGGUGGGAGUGGGUCCGGUGGGGACCACGAUGCCUUCGAUCCUUCCCGGAGGAAAAAGCAUUACCAUCGCCAUACUGCUCAUCAGAUUCAGAGGCUUGAAGCAAUAUUCAAGGAGUGCCCACACCCGGAUGAGAAACAAAGGUUACAGUUGAGUAGGGAGUUGGGAUUGGCACCCAGGCAGAUCAAGUUUUGGUUUCAAAACAGAAGGACCCAGAUGAAGAACCAGCACGAAAGAGCCGAUAACUGUGCUCUUCAUGCAGAGAACGAUAAGAUCCGAUGUGAGAACAUAGCCAUCAGAGAAGCACUCAAUAAUGUUAUCUGCCCUUCCUGCGGUGGCCCUCCUGUCACCGAGGAUUCCUAUUUUGAUGACCAAAAAUUGAGGAUGGAGAAUGCUCAACUAAAAGAGGAGCUUGAUAGAGUAUCUAGCAUUGCGGCCAAGUACAUAGGGAGGCCAAUAUCUCAACUCCCACCAGUACAGCCUGUUCAUAUUUCUUCAUUGGAUUUAAGGAUGGCGAGUUAUGACGGUCAUGGGUUUGGUGUUGCUGGUCCUUCCUUUGAUCUUGAUCUUCUCCCUGGAAGUUCCUCCGCAAUGCCAAAUUUACCUCUCCAACCAGUUGUUAUUUUGGAUAUGGAUAAGUCCCUCAUUACCGAUAUUGCUGCAAAUGCAAUGGAAGAACUGCUUAGGCUUUUGCAGACCAAUGAACCUUUAUGGAUCAAGUCCAAUGAUGGGAGAGAUGUUCUUAAUCUUGAAAGCUAUGAAAGGAUUUUUCCUAGAGCUAAUACCCACUUUAAAUCUCCCAAUGUUAGGAUUGAGGCUUCCAGAGACACUGGUGUUGUCAUCAUGAAUGGUUUAGCUUUGGUUGACAUGUUCAUGGAUUCUAACAAGUGGGUGGAGCUAUUUCCAACCAUUACGUCAAUGGCCAAGACUAUCCAAGUAAUUUCAUCUGGAAUGGUGGGCAGUCAUAGUUGCUCUUUGCAAUUGAUGUAUGAAGAGUUGCAGGUGCUUUCUCCACUGGUACCCACACGUGAAUUUUAUAUCCUUCGCUAUUGUCAGCAAAUUGAGCAAGGCUUAUGGGCUAUAGUGAAUGUUUCAUAUGAUUUUCCCCAAUUUGCUCCUCAAUGUCAUAGGCUUCCUUCUGGAUGCUUGAUUCAGGAUAUGCCUAAUGGCUACUCCAAGGUUACCUGGGUGGAGCAUGUGGAGAUUGAAGAUAAGACUCCAAUUCAUCCGCUCUAUAGGGAUCUCAUUCAUGGUGGUUUGGCAUUUGGAGCAGAACGGUGGCUUGCUACUCUUCAAAGGAUUUGUGAGAGGUUUGCUUGCCUAAUGGUAUCAAGCACUUCAACCCGGGAUCUUGGGGGAGUAAUUCCAUCCCCUGAUGGCAAGAGAGGCAUGAUGAAGCUUGCUCAAAGGAUGGUCAACCAUUUCUGCACAAGCGUCAGCACAUCCAAUAGUCAUCGGUGGACAACACUUUCUGGUUUGAAUGAAGUUGGUGUGCGGGUCACCGUUCAUAAGAAGUAUGAUCCUGGACAACCCAAUGGUGUGGUUCUUAGUGCAGCUACUUCCUUUUGGCUUCCUGUUACUCCGCAAAAUGUCUUCAAUUUCUUCAAGGAUGAGAGAACUCGACCUCAGUGGGAUGUUCUAUCCAACGGCAAUGCAGUGCAAGAAGUUGCUCAUAUAGCAAAUGGGUCGCAUCCUGGAAAUUGCAUAUCUGUUUUACGAGCCUAUAAUACAAGUCAGAACAAUAUGUUAAUACUUCAAGAGAGCUGCAUAGACGGUUCAGGGUCACUAGUGGUAUAUUGCCCGGUUGAUUUGCCUGCCAUCAAUGAAGCAAUGAGUGGUGAGGAUCCUUCAUACAUCCCCUUACUACCAUCAGGUUUUACGAUUUCACCUGAUGGCCAUCCAGACCAAGGAGAUGGACCUUCAACAAGCUCAAGUGCGCAUGGGAACAUGGGAAGAUCCGGGGGUUCACUAAUUACAGUAGCUUUUCAGAUACUAGUGAGCAGCUUGCCAUCUGCUAAGCUGAACUUAGAGUCGGUGACAACUGUUAAUAACCUUAUCGGCACCACUGUCCAGCAAAUUAAGGCUGCUUUGAAUUGUACUAGUUCCUGAUGAUCUGGUUGUGUUACUGCUGCUACACAACUGUUUUUACCUCUCUCUCCAUCAUCUUUAAAUAUUGAGAUCAGAGAAAUUCAGUCUCUUUGGGCUGGUGGAAUUCAAUGUGGGGAGAGGUAUAGUGGUUAGUUGGGACUUUCAAUGCCCUCUCAUCAAGAGCUGAAGCUGCUUACUUAACUGCUUGCUGCUGCUGUUGCUGUUUUUGCUGCCAAACUUCAUUACCAUCUACACCAACUAAUGUUUUUAAAUUUAAAAUUUUUUUUUUUUCUUGGCGGGUUUUUACAAGGCAUUUUGGGUUUUUUCUAUUUGCCUUGUAAGAGGAGUCAAGAACGCACCAUACGUUGUCUUUCCUGCUGGGCCUCUCUCAUCGUUUUUGCCUUUUCCUUUCUCUACUCGUAUUCUGCACGACAGAGCACGAAAGCAAAGUUGUAUGGUUCGGGCAUUGACUUCUGUUC